AUAAGAGCAGCUCACUGAGUCCUGCAGCCCGUCACUCUUCACUGCUCCUCUGUCAGGUACAACUGGACGGCUUGUCUCUCUAGGCGGGGCUUAAAGUUUGGGGACUUUGUUCGAAAAAGUCCAUCCAGUUUUCUGACUGUUGAGGCAGCAGCCACCGUCUAUCUCUCUCUGUCUCUCUCUGGGACCUGAACUUCCAGGACUAACGGGGACAUCUGUCCCGCCGUGCAGCCAGCAGCAUGAUGUGCCUGUUCAAGUCUCUGUGUGCGGUCAUUACCAGAGCCCUGUUCCUCCUCAUCUCUCUCAUCAGCGUCUGGAGGGUCACAAAGGUGAAGAAAGAUUACAACUACUGGUUCCUCACUUUCCUCUUUCUGCCGCUGCUCGUUGAGAUGAUAAUAACGCUGAAGAGUCGGAUGGGAAAAGAUUACAAAUGGUUUUCUCCUCCUAUCUUUCUGUUUCUCAUCAGUAUUAUUCCCUCCAUCUGGAUCCUGGAGCUCCAACACCAGCAGGAAAAAGCCAACCGCCCCAAGUGCAAAACUCUGGACUCGGAGACCCAGGGAAACCACACAUCCCCGAACUAUCUGGAGUUAAGUUAUCGAAAAAGAAAUAACUUUCGAUCUCUCUUCCUUUUCCAAUAUUUUAACCAGGCGUUAUCAACUGUCUGCUCCAACGACUGGAUCCUGACUCUCCAUCAGAUCCUGCUCAUCCUCCUCAUCGUGGGGAAGUGGCUCCUCCCGCUGGGAGGCGGAGUCACGCGGGACGAGCUCUCGCAGCUUCUCCUGAUUUUUGUCGGCACCGCAGCAGACAUCCUUGAAUUUACUAGUGAGACGCUGUCAGAUGUCAAAGAGAACAGCCCUCAGCUGGUCUACAUCAUCUUAGCUGUAUGGACGUGGAGCAUGCUGCAGUUCCCUCUACAUCUGUCCGUGGUGAACUCCAAGCCAGACAGUGAGGGUGAGCAGAGGGUCCAGGAGGCGUCCGUCUUAACUAAACACAGCACAGACAUAUGGAGCAUCGUGGAGGCCUUUUUCAUCCAUGACGGGCCUUUCCUGGUGGUCAGGCUCACCGUCAUGACCCACUUCGGCGUCAUCCACCAGAUGCUGGUGUUCUUCGCCAUCAAGAACUUCCUGGUGGUCAUACUGAACUUGUACAGGUUGGUUGUUAUAUGCCAGGACUACCGCAGUAGAGACAACCGGGGCAGCGCUAUCCCAUGUGUCUGAGGAGUCAUCUCACAGGGGGGGAAUCAGGGAGACGGAGAGAUGUUACAUCCAAAGUUUUACAGUUACAGUGGAGCAGGAAAAGAAGCUUGCUUUCUGUUUUCUUCUCCAAUGUACUUAAAGUCGAGAUGAAAUGAAAAAAUGCCUUUUUAACCCUUUUAGAUCA